AAGUAGAAAAAUUGCUCCAUACUGGCAACGGUGUAGGGUACUUCCUUUUACCAUGGCUUGACAGUUUAUGAAGAAGAAUCUCGUGUUGUCCAUAAAUUUAAUUACCAUAAAUCUUCAUCAUCAUGGCGUCAUCAAUUGGCUUAACCGGAAAAUUUUUUAUUGACGAUUUAAUUGAUGGAAACAAUUAUCGCCAUGUUACUGUUGUGCCAGACAUUUGGAUCUUCUAGGCUGAUGACAAUUCUUCAAAAUGUUGGUAUCCUAAAAUUUCUGGGCACAUUUCAUCAAAGAAACGUGAAGUACCAAAACCAUGUUGGUAUGUUUAUCCUUGUAUCGUCAGAAAGGAAUAUGGAGCACAUUGCUUCAAUUCAAUCAGACAUUAAUACUGAUGGUAAAGAUGAUGCCAGUCAACCUAACACGUCAUUGGGAAGAGGAAAGAGACACAAGAGGCCGAAUAAAAGAUUCUUGCCUUCAAGUGAUGAUGAAAGCGUUGGUGUAUAUGGACCCACCCAGCCAGAAACAAUUGUGAUUCCAAUAAGUCCAGGUAGCUUAUGUAGGAAUUCUGUUGAUGGUGGUGUUCCUGCUGUGCACCCAACAGCACCACUUGCAGUUCAGUGGAGAUGCAAUAAUUCUGUUGAUGACCCUGGUGUAUCUGGGCCCACUCAGACAGAAGCAAUUGUGAUUCCAACGGUUCCAGUUAGCCUAUUAAGGAAUUCUGUUGGUGGUGUUCCUGCUGCACUGCCAAUGACACCAUUUGAAGUUCAGCAAAGUUGCAGUAACUCUUUUGAGGAAGUCUCACAGCAUAUGAGAGGGGAAAUUACUGUUAAUUCUACGGAUGACAAAUCACCAGUUUCCUACAACAAUUUGUAUUCACAAGAAAUGCCCUAUUCCGGCACGAUUGUAAAUCAGCGGAUGAGUGUUGCGGUACCGAAUCAAUCAAACAUCUUGAGCGAAGUAGAAAUGCCCAACGGUAGUACGCGUAAUGUUUUUUUUUUUAAUCAGAGGAAUCAAUCAAACACCUUGACUUACGGUUCUGUAGCAUUGAUUGGGAAGUUGGUAAAAGAAGUCCUUAAACUACAGGAAUUUAUUUCAAACAUGAUGGCGAAACUCGUCGUUAUGGAAUCAAAGAUGGAAAGCCAUCGACAGCCAGUAGCAGAAACACUAGCUAAUCCAGAGUCCUUCUAG